AUGGUCGACGACAAGUAUAUCGGGCUCGCGCUCGCCAUGUCGUCCUCGUUGGCAAUAGGAACUUCGUUCAUCAUCACGAAAAAAGGGUUGAUGGAUGCCUCCAGAGCUGGCGCUGAUAAUGCCACGGGACAUCAAUACUUGCAGAACCCAAUCUGGUGGGCAGGCAUAGCCACCAUGGCCAUUGGAGAGGUAGCCAACUUUGCAGCAUACACUUUUGCUCCUGCAAUCUUGGUGACUCCGUUGGGCGCUCUUUCCGUGAUUAUCGGAGCAGUUUUGGCCGCCAUCUUCUUGAAAGAAGAAUUGGGUGUUUUGGGUAAGAUGGGAUGUGCCAUUUGCUUGAUGGGCUCGGUCAUCAUUGUGCUUCAUGCUCCUCCUGACAAGGAGAUCCAGACCGUGGAUGAGAUCUUGAACUAUGCCACUCAACCAGGCUUCUUAUUCUAUGCUUUCAUGGUCACUGCCUAUUCUCUUUUUAUGAUCUACAAGAUUGUGCCCAAGUACGGUCACACCAACCCAAUGAUCUACAUUUCCAUCUGCUCGACCGUGGGCUCCAUCUCGGUGAUGUCCAUCAAGGCCUUUGGCAUUGCUUUGAAGUUGACCUUGGCUGGAAACAACCAAUUCACCCACGUAUCGACAUACGUGUUCAUCAUUGUGGUGGCAGUAUGCAUCAUUACCCAGAUGAAUUACUUCAACAAGGCCUUGGACCAGUUCGAUACUUCCAUCGUCAACCCGCUCUACUAUGUGACAUUCACCACCUUCACAUUGGUUGCGUCGUUCAUUCUUUUCAAGGGCUUUAACACUGCGCUGGCUGUCAACGUGAUCUCCUUGUUGAUUGGAUUUCUCAUCAUUUUCUCUGGUGUGUACUUGCUUAACAUCUCACGUAAGGAAAAUGAGGGUCGUGAGAGAGAGCUCUUUGGAGUCCAUAAUGGCAAGGACAUGGCUCCAAUGGACAAUGGAGUGGGAGGCUUCUCCUCGAUGAGAAGAUCCAUGCAGCUUUCGCGUGGUCAGUACGAUGACGAGGAGACGGUUGGUUUGCGUCGGUUCGAUUCUUUUGAGUUGUCUGAUGAAGAAGCAGAUUCCCGUCAAAGACAUUAG